AUGAGUAGACGUAAUUUUUGGUGGAUUUUUAUUUUGAUUGAUUGGAUAACGAUAUUAUCUGCAAUAUUUGGUGGUUGCUGCUCUAAUGCAUGGUCAUUGGAGUCUAUAAUGCGUAAAAGUCCAGAUUGUGGUAUCCUACUAACGUUUGCUCAAUUUGCGGCUGUUACCGUCUAUCACCUUCCACAUUUCCUUACAUUAUCCAGCAGUUGGAGUCUGCGGUUUAAGGCACGGCAAGUACCCUUAUAUGAUUGGGCAUUUAUCGUAUCUGGAUUUAUCGCUGUCAAUUUACUCAAUAAUUUUGCUUUCAAGUUUAAGAUACCACUUCCCCUACAUAUCGUCUUUCGUUCAUCAGGUUUAUGCGUAUCAAUGUUACUUGGCUUUUUUGUUCUCAGAAGGAGAUACACGCUUACACAGAUAGUCUGCGUCGCUGUUGUUACAGCUGGUACAUUAAUUACUACCGCAUACUCCCCACAAACAGGCUCAGAAGUUGCAAGUGAGCACUCACCACUUGAUUUCGACUUUAGUUGGGAUUACGUAGUCGGAAUUUCUAUGCUCGCAUUGGCACUAAUUUUGUCAGGAUUCAUGGGCAUCAAUCAAGAAAAGCUCUAUGCAAAGUAUGGUUCACAUACUUGGCCAGAGAUGCUGUUCUACAGUCAUAGUCUCGCCAUGCCACUCAUUCCAUUCUUUUUACCAAAUAUUAUACCACAAUUGAGGUACUUCAACAAGUCAACGAAAGUUCAACUUGGGGAGUCUACUAUUGGUAUACCAGAGAUGCAUAUCCUCCUAGUAGCGAAUGUUUUCACUCAAUUCCUCUGUAUCACAGGUGUAAAUAAGUUAACAGCGAAAGUAUCAAACUUAUCAGUCAACUUGAUAUUAACGGUCAGGAAAGCCAUUUCAUUGGUCUUUAGCAUAUGGUGGUAUGGUAAUAGCUGGAAUAACGAAAUGACAGUUGGUACGCUGGCCGUAUUGGUAUGUCUCUCUUUGUUAAAUGAUGACGUAUAG